AUGAUUACGGUUGCCCUCGCCGGAGCGACUGGCGGUGUGGGUCGAACAAUACUGGACCACCUUGAACUCAGCGACGGGUUCAAGGUCGUUGUCCUGAGCCGCAAGCCACCAGAAGCCACAGUAUCUGCAGCGGCCACGAAAUCCCUUCAAGUCGAUUACAAUGACGUGGAUGGACUGGCCAACGCGCUGAGCGAGAACAACGUCCACACAGUUAUUUCGACUAUCGGCAUCAGCUCUGCCGAAACGAGUCAGGCUCAAUGCAAUCUGAUCCGAGCAGCGGACAGGUCCAGUGCCACAAAGCGUCUAAUGCCUAGCGAAUACUGGGCAAAGACGGUUCCUGAACUUUUGCCUCUAGACCUCACCGUGCAGUGGUGGCUCGAUGCGGCUUCACUGCUCCAGUCCAGCUCACUGGAGUAUACAAGGAUUGCUUGUGGCUGGUUUAUGGACUACUGGGGAAUGCCGUAUGUCAAGUCUCACCUAUCCGACUUCUCAUGGGGAGUGGAUCUCUUCAAUCGCAAUGCCGCAAUACCAGGAGACGGCGGAAACGUGAUCAGCUUGACCUUGAUUGGCGACGUGGCUCGAGCUGUUCUGUUAUUGCUGGAAGCGGAGGAUUGGCCGGAAUGGACGUUCGCAAUCGCUGACAGCGUCACAUUCAACGACUUCUUGAGAAUUGCAGAAAGAGUUAGAGGGUCCAAGUUCGAGCUCGCUUACAACAGUCGUGAGGACCUGGAACAUGAUAAGGUGACGAUACUGCCAAACCCGGGCAACACGGUGUGGAAUGCGACGUCUGCAGAGACGCAAGAGAGGAGAGAUCUGUUGAUCUUGUUUGGGAGUUUCUAUGUCUCUGGGGUGUUGGAUCUCUCGAGGGCACCACAAUUUUCGGCGCGGUUUCCAGACUGGAGACCCAAGAGGCUGGAGGAGUUUCUUGAAGAAGUUUGGCAAGGAAAACCAUAA